UAAAUCCUUCUGGUCAAGUAGAUCAAUAGCGCUAAACAACAGCACAUGAACUAUAUAAAAUAAAUAAUGCAUUUUGAAGAGCAGUUAUUUGACAUAUUUAAAUCCCCUCUAACCAGGAAGUAUAAACACCUGGCAGGUAAAUAAUACAGAUGUGCCACAUGAUCAGUGUGUGUAUACAGACUGCACUUGGAGAUCGAUCAAGGACGGCUGCCAUAACGAAAGUGAGUCACAUAAUCUAAUGAUGGACCCCCGUACCAGUGCCCAGGACGUGAUGCGAUGUGACCUGUGUGAGACCGCUGUGGUACAGAUGCACUGUGAUACAUGUCUUGUCAACCUGUGCACAGCUUGUGUAGGAAAACACAUGAUAUCUGAUCAAUCAAUCAAUCACAAAGUUGUCACUAUUCAGACCAGAAAAUCCACUCUCCUAUACCCUGUAUGUACAUCUCAUGCAAAAGAACAAUGUGAAAUGUACUGUAAACAAUGUGACAUUCCUGUCUGUCUUAGCUGUCUGGCAUCUAAACAUCAUUUAGGGCAUGAAUUAUCUAAAAUAGUGCAAGUUGUUGGUGAGAAGAAAGAUAUGAUUACAAAAGAAAGAAAUGAAUUAAAUGAUACAAUUUACCCAAUCUACAAGGACAUUGCCUCUGAUGUACAAAACAGAAUGAGUCAGUUACAAAAGGAAUAUGGUGAUCUCUCAACAGCCAUAACAAAACACGGAGAGGACUGGCACAGAGAAAUUGACAAACUUGUCAAGAAACUUAAAGCUGAAGUUGAUGAAAUGAAAAACACACAGUUACAAACUCUACAGAAACAUCUGGAUGAAAUAAAUAAGACAAUGUCUGACAUCAAGGAAGAAAUUGAUUCGAUGGAAACUGCAAUAGACACCAAUGACUUGUCAAAACUAUUAAAUGUAUCAUCCAAUGUACACACAUACGGAUAUCUUCCUCACAAAAUUAUACCACCUUUACCUAAAUUCAUUCCAAGAAAAAUGCAUCAAGAAGAACUAAGUAAAAUGUUUGGAGCAUUAUCAUCAAGUUCUUUAACAUCAGAUGAACAUGGCUACAGCAUGAAGACAACACAGAAAUCACCAGAAGCUGGAUCCUCUCCUCCAGUCAAACAGCUGCUUGAUGAACCAAAGACUGUCACCACCAUACACACUGGGUAUACAAAUUACUUAGACAAUGUGGCCUGUCUGAGUGAUGAAGAAAUCUGGACAAGGGGAAAUGACAACACCAUGAAACUCUUCAGCAUCAAUCAGGGAUCACUACUCAAGUCAAUCAGAAUCAAGUCAGGGAACGAACCAUCUAGUAUAGUAGUGACAAAAAGUGGAGAUCUAGUUUAUACUGAUUUUUAUGAUAGAACUGUGAACAUUGUGAAGAAUGAGAAGAUAGAGGAGGUGAUCAGACUACAGAAAUGGAGACCUAAAGGUGUCUGUAGUACCUCCUCUGGUGACCUCCUGGUUAUCAUGGAUUAUAAAAAACAAUCUAAAGUUGUCCGUUACUCUGGCUCCACAGAGAAACAAACCAUUCAGUUUGAUGAUAAAGGUAAACCUAUUUAUACAGUUGAUACUAGAUAUAUAACUGAGAACAGGAAUCUAGAUAUUUGUGUGUCUGAUGAUGGAGCUAAAGCAGUAGUGGUGGUCAAUCAGGCCGGGAAACUGAGAUUUAGGUACACUGGACAUACUCCUGCUCCAAAGAAUGAACCAUUCAGUCCACGAGGAAUCACUACAGACAGUCAGACUCACAUCCUUACAGCUGAUGAAUACAAUCAUUGUGUCCACAUCAUAGACCAGGAUGGACAGUUCCUCCGUUACAUAGACUGUGGACUGAGUGUUCCCUAUGGACUUUGUAUAGAUACAAAUGACAAUAUGUUUGUUGCUCAAUUGUUGAAGAAACAAGUGAAGAAAAUCACAUAUCUGAAGUGAAAUC